CCCUGAUUAAUUUCCUCCCAUUGGAAACGACAGCCUCUGGUCUAUCUUGGGUUAGUUAUAAAAAUCUUUGGUUUACGUUCAUUCAUUACCCAGGGGUAACUAUCUCCUCCUUUCUCUAAUGUCUCUGUAGUGGAUCACUGUGACCAUAGAAAUAAAACGGAUAGACAGGUCUGCUUGCAAAAGUGGGUCCUUCCUUACUCGACUCUGGGUGGGGUGACAGUUCUAUUAAUUUCUAUUCUGUAUCAAAGAAGCACAAGGUCUGAGGAUGAUGUGAUGAGACAACACCAACCAGGGCAGGUGAAAAUCGUAUUUGUACGGGCUGAUUAAACUCUAGCUAAUUUAUAAACAUAAAAAGGAAGAGCUUUUUUUUUUAGAUCUGUAAGUGGUUUACCGUAGCCUUUUAAUUAAUUACUUUUUUAAUCAGUAAUGGCGACUGAGUGCACCCAAGAAGCGGUUGUUGAAUUUCUAACCGAGCGAGGAGGGAGAGUGAAAAACCAGAUAUUCAUUGACUAUUUCAAAGCUGUUUUCCCAGAAGACCCUGACCAGAAAGCAAUUGUUCGGGAGAAAUUCAAGGGAUACGUGGACAAUGUCGCAUUUGUAAAGUUGGAGAAUGGAGUGAAAUGUGUAUGUUUAAAAAAGAAGUAUCGAGUUUCAUUGAAGUGUACAGUGGAAAAAGACAGCGAGUGCAAUGGUAACGGGACAGGCACUUUAUUGGAACAAGAGGACAGCGGUGCAGCUAUAUCAAAAUCAUAUAAGAACUUGAUAGAAGAUUGUGCACCACAACUGCAUCUGUCAGUAUCAUCUGCUGGGCAUGUGCACUCUUGUGAAAUCACUGCAAACGAAGAGGCACAAGACAUUUCACUUGGCUCAGGUUACGGAACUGACAAUGCCACGAGAGCGAGACCGCCUGACAUUUCUGGAAUUAUUUUGGAAGGUAAAAUUGUAGAAAGAGCUGCGUCAACAAGGUCUGUAGUUCAAAAUAAUAGUUUAUCAGACAAUAUGGGAAAUGCGUUAGGCAUUGGUGGUAAUGCAGAGCAGAAAUUGACCAAGGGGGACAUUCAUUGCAACCGCACGACAUUGCAACCGCAUGACAUACCGCAAAUUGCAGUGAUUGAGGCGUCACCUUUAUCUACAUCCGCGGAUGGCUCUAUGUUCCCCUUACCCAUACGUCCAUUUCCAACUAAUGCACAGGGCAGCCUGCUGUCCCGUCACCCUUCAACAGAGGACGGGGCAGACGAAAGCCAGUAUUAUGAUUUUCAACAGAGCAUAUCUGGGAGUGACAGCUACACACCUAAAAGUAGCCGUAAUAACUUUAUUGGGCUCAUGAUGAACAGCUCCCUCCAGGUGCGACGCAGCAUGGUGUUGAGGAACUCGGACUCCGCCUCUGUGGUUUCCUCUACUACAGACGAAGACGGUGCUUCAGUCACUCUGGACCCGUUGGAACACGAAUGGAUGAUGUGUGCACCCGACGGCCAAUGGGAGAGUCUCCACCGCCUCCUUUCCUCUGAACCGAACCUUGUCAUGAAGAAGGAUUUUGUGACUGGGUUCACCUGCCUGCACUGGGCCGCAAAGCAGGGCAAACAAGAGCUGCUGGCGCUUCUCGUGAACUUUGCCAAACAACACACAGUGCCCAUCAACAUCAACGCCCGAUCAAGUGCCGGCUACACGCCCCUACACCUAGCAGCAAUGCACAACCAAGUUGAGGUGGUGAAGUUACUGGUAGGAGCCUAUGACGCAGAUGUAGAGGCCAGAGAUUACAAUGGGAAAAGGGCGUGUCAGUAUCUUACAAACAGUGUGGCCGUUGAUAUCCGUGACAUCAUCGGGGCGGGUGUUGGCGGCGACUCGGACUCAGAGAACACAGACUAUGGGGAUGGGGGGCGUUGGAGGUUGUCUAAAGUUCUCCAGUCUAAUCUGACGCCCCUCAAACUGCACACUCACAGCGAGGAGGACACAGGUGAUGGAGUAGACCAGGCCAGACAGAAACCCUUGCUGAGGAAAUCGUCCUUUAGCAAGAUGAGGCCCAAACUCCAGAAGAUCCGCUUCAGAUCUUCACAGAUAGUUCACAGCACUUCGUUCCCAGCACACUGUGAGACAGAGGAGCUUAACAGGUCCAGGAAAAGCUCAUUUAAAUCCAGACCCAUGUCAAAUCUGUUUGGCUGAGGAAUAGCCCCUAAGUUCACUCGACAAAGAGCAAAUAAACUACUACAGUGCAGAAUGACUGACACAAUGGGGUAUAGUUUGAUGUUACAAGUGUUUGUUUUUUUGUGGCAUAGGCCAAGUCUGGUGUUACACAUACUUAAGGGUUUUCCUCUAGGCAUUAUAUGAAUAUACUGAACUAAUAGAAUAUGGUAUUACAUGAUCUAUUGAGUAACUGGCCAGAUUGUCACCCCUGGUUAGGCUAAAAAUGUCUGUGAUAACUCUCAUCAUUCCGAAGUAGCCAAGUAGGUCUUAUUGUUCGUCUGCUUGAACCCUUAACGUACAUGUAAAGCUGGUCUUAUUGUUCGUCUGCUUGAACCCUUAACGUACAUGUAAAGCUGUCUGUAACCCACUGGGCAAAGAUGUCAUUUUAACGUCUAGUUUUGAUUUCCAUUUGGUUGAGUUGAACUAAUUUGAAUUCAGUGUGAAAUCAACAAAAAAUGACACAAUGUCAUUGGAUUUAGGUUAAAAGUUGGGUGAUUUAAAAAGAUACUAUUAACUUACAUUGAUUACUUUUUUUCAAAGCCAAUCAGUUUUCCACGUUGAUUUGAUGCCUUCAUAUUGACUUUUUUUUGUUGGUUGAAAUGACUUGGGAACCAGGUUGACUCGACCUGUUUUUGCCUAGUGGGAAGUGUUUAAACAUCAAGUUAUUUCACCACAUGGUAGAAACAAUGUCAUUGAUUUCACAACGCUUGGGAACAAUUCUAUCUUAUUACUGUCAGACUGUUAUUCGUUUAUUCUCCCUUUUAUAUUUACGUUGCUUAAAGCACUUUGAUUUUAAACUGUUAUUGAUCCAGCUUUCCUGCGGUUGAUGCCAUUCAGUCCACCUGAAAGACUUUGAGAUGGGAAUUUACUUCCUCUUUGUGUUCAAGUGGACGAUUGGAGGCCAACGAAAAGGCCUCUGGUCCUUUACGUCUGUAAUCAGGGUUAGUAGAGGAGAUUUGUGUGUCACAAGGUACGCGGCUGUAGAGUGCACGGUAGGCCGACUGUUUAUAGUGAUGAAAGAUCAGGUUUCAUAACUAUUCACGUUUAAAAAGGUACAUUUUUUUGACCUGAUAGACAACUCAAAAUAAGGAGCUAAGGUUACAGUCGGCUGGUAUCAAGUUGUAGGUUACCCUCUGUUCUGUUUUAUAUCAACAAGCUCAGGCUUGCUGACCCAGGAGAGCCUAGCUCAGCUGAGAGUGAGCAAGAGAGACUAGUGUACAUUUAGUGCCUUCAGAAAGUGUUCAUACUCCUUGACUUAUUCCACAUUUUGUUGCGUUACAGCCUGAAUUCAGAAUUGAUUAAAUAUAUAUGUGU